AUGGCUCAAGCUGCAGCACCUGCCGCCAACGCGGCUGCCUCGAAUGCUGUUGUAGCAUUUACUGAAUACCCGAAGUAUAAGAUUCUUGUGCCAGGGCAUUUCUCGCCCGAUGACUCUGAAAUACUCAGGGAUCUGCAGGAGCAGGCCAUACAGGCUGGUGCUGUGUCGGGAGUGAGAAAAGACACAAUGGUCAACAUGGCAGCAUGGACGAACGAAGCCUCGGCAAGACCCUGUAUACACAUCAACUUUUGCCCUAUCUCAAGAGGCAAAUUUGAUUACCUAGCAUUCAGUCCCCUGUCUCUAGUAGAGGAAUGUGGUUUUGUUAUUGCAGGCGUGUGUGUUACGUCUAUAAGGCAAAUUUCGCAGUUACGCCAAGACUCGAAGCUACCUAAAAUCCCUAACACACUGGAUGACGAAAUCAAUGAGAUCCUAAGAAGGCUCGAGUCGAGAUUUGAGUGUAACCGCGUUCACCAAGAUCAUGAAGACACCUUAGAUUGCUCACUCAGCACUACAUCAGGCACUUACUUGCCUCACACGUCGAAACCUACAACGGAAGCGAGAGAAGAGAGUCCCGGGGCGAUAUCGCAACGUCGGCGACGAAAUAAUGAGUGGGAUAGUUACGCAGCUGAAGCUCCUGAGCCGAAGCGCGCGCACACUGCACCGACCUCCAGACCCAGCUCUGAGUCCGCCCUUAAACAAUCGACAAUCACCCCUUCCUCGAUACCAACCGCUGUACCAAAUCUAUGGGCGGAUCUCGGCUUGGGGGUCAAAUCUUCGGCGGAUGCGUAG